GUGCUGUAUUGGCAUUUGGCAAUUUGUAGAAUUUUUUUUUCGAUCUGCUCAAGUCACAGAAGGACUGCUCAGAGCUUAGAGGAAAAAUUUUUUUUGUUACAAAUUGAUAGCCGCUCCAAAGUGCAUUUUCAUCCUUUUUUACUUUCUCUUCUUUAUCAAUUAGCCUGAUCGUUAGACAAAAUGGUUGCCUACAACGUCCCCGCUGUUAAUGAUGUCCUUAUUCCUGAAACUCUUUUGAAGAAGAAGAAGGCUGACGCCACUGCUGCCGAUAAGGCUGUUGCCCGCAAGGCUGAACUUCGUAAGGCUAAGGUUACCAAGAGACGUGAAAUUUUCAAACGUGCUGCCAAGUAUGCUGCUGAAUACCAAGCUAAGGAACGUAAUGAAAUCCGUCUUCGUCGUCAAGCCAAGGCUCAAGGCAACUACUACGUUCCCGCUCAAGAAAAGCUUGUAUUCGUUGUUCGUAUCCGUGGUAUUAACGGUAUCGCCCCUAAGCCCCGUAAGGUCUUGCAACUCUUGCGUCUUUUGCAAAUCAACAAUGGUGUCUUUGUCCGUCUCAACAAGGCCACCUCUGAAAUGCUUCAAUUGAUCCAACCUUAUGUUGCCUACGGUUAUCCUAACUUGAAGACCAUCCGUGAAUUAAUCUACAAGCGUGGUUAUGCCAAGGUGAACAAGCAACGUAUUCCUCUUCAUGACAAUGCUGUUAUCGAACAAGCUCUUGGCAAGUACAACAUCAUCUGUAUGGAAGAUUUGAUUCACGAGAUUGCUACCGUUGGUCCUCACUUCAAAGAAGCCAACAACUUCCUUUGGCCCUUCAAGCUCUCCAACCCCAACAACAUGUGGAGAGAACGUAAGUUCCUCAACUAUGUUGAAGGUGGUGAUACCGGUAACCGUGAAGAAUACAUCAACAAAUUGGUUCAAUCUAUGAACUAAGGUUCUACCUUUGCCUAACCUCCUUUCCCUCUUGUAAAUGUUUAUAUUAUCUCCUUUUGUUUUAGUUUAGUUCUUUUCAUUUUACUUGCUGUUCAAUAAAUUAAGAUGAUAAGAUACUAUUCUGGAACAUAUCUGUACAUACUUUGCUCUAAUAAACUCAUAUCAAUACAACUAUAUGAUGG